GCGUUUCUGUUAUUUCUUUUGCAAAAAAAUCUCAGGUCGGUAACUGUGGAUUUGCAAGGUCAGACCGUCAUGAGCACGAGCAAGCAACCGCAAUUUGCCAACCAGGCAAGUCUCAAGCAAGCACUUUUUGCCGGAGCGAUUGCUGGUACUGCUGUCGAUACUGCUCUCUUUCCUCUUGAUACUGUGAAGACAAGACUUCAAUCGCAAGCAGGAUUCGUUGCUUCGGGAGGAUUUAAAGGCGUCUACGCUGGCUUGCUAUCUGCCGUCAUUGGCAGUGCACCUAAUGCUUCCUUGUUCUUCGUCACCUAUGAGGCAUCAAAGCGUCUCUUAAGCGCCUCAUUCGGUACCGACAGAUAUACUCCUUUGGUUCAUAUGCUUGCUGCAUCGUUUGGUGAAAUUUCUGCUUGUACCAUCCGGGUACCCACUGAAGUUAUCAAACAACGAAUGCAAACCAAACAGUUUACUGCCACUUCGGCUGCCGUCUCCAGUGUCAUUAAAACCGAAGGCCUGUUAGGAUUCUACCGAGGUUUUCUAUCCACAGUGGCGCGUGAAAUUCCUUUUACUUGUAUACAAUUCCCUAUCUACGAGUACUUUAAGCGUUCCUAUGCUCAGAGCCAGGGACGUCGUACUGAGCCUUUCGAAGCAGCGAUAUGCGGUUCCAUUGCUGGUGGUAUUGCAGCUGCCAUCACUACUCCUUUGGACGUAUGCAAAACUAGAAUUAUGCUUUCACACAAGAAUCACGCUGUCAAACCUUACACUGGCAUUAUAUCCACCUUACAGAGAAUUAGAGCUGAAGAAGGUGGCCGUGCCUUAUUAGCUGGUAUUGGACCUCGUGUGCUGUGGAUAUCUAUCGGUGGAUGUAUCUUUUUGGGCAUGUACGAAAAGGCAGUCAAGACCUUUGUCGAGAACCAAAUGUUGAACGAGAGAUAACCAAUGCCUGCCUACCAUCAUAGAAAAAGUUUCGUCUUGUACCAUAUUUCCGUGAACCCCCCCUCUAUAAAAAAAUAUAAUAGAAGUUUUAUUUUCGUAGAUGAAGUUCCUAAGGCAGUUUACUGU